UGGCAUGUUAUUACAUUACCGGUACGGAAGUGGUUAGGAGUUGAGCUGCCCAUCCAGCCGAACCGUUUUAAAUUCUGAAACCAGACACACCAAUUUCUUCUGACAUCUCAUCCUCAAUUAUUAACUAUUAUUAACUCACACUCCCUUCAAAUAUUCCUCUUCAAUCUCGUCAAUUUUGCACUCGUGUGUCCUAGAUUUCUCUCCAAUGGCUGCUUCCUUCUCACUUCCACGGCGCCUCUAUCUCUCCCUUUACAAUUGGACCCUUUUGUUUGGAUGGUGUCAAGUUCUUUAUUUUGUUCUCAAGACAUUGAAGGAAUCGGGUCAUGAACGUGUUUACAAUGCAGCCGAAAAGCCUUUCCUUUUAGCCCAAACCGCUGCUCUAUUGGAGUUGCUUCAUGGUUUGGUAGGGCUGGUGAGGUCUCCAAUCACAUCAACAUUGCCACAGAUAGGUUCAAGGCUGUACCUGACUUGGGGCAUCUUAUGGAGUUUCCCUGAGAUUCAGUCUCAUGUGCUUGUUACCUCUCUACUAAUCAGCUGGUCUAUCACAGAGAUCAUUCGCUAUUCUUUCUUUGGCUUUAAAGAGGCUUUUGGAUUUUAUCCACCAUGGCUUUUGUGGCUUAGAUAUAGCAGCUUUAUAAUUUUCUAUCCAAUAGGCAUAAGCAGUGAAGUUGGUCUAAUAUACAUUGCCUUACCAUUCAUUAAGGCGUCUGAGAGGUAUUGUAUAAGGAUGCCAAAUAAAUGGAACUUGUCAAUCGAUUACUUCUAUGGAGCGAUUUUUGCAAUGGCAAUCUACGUUCCAGGUAGUCCCCACUUGUAUACAUACAUGCUUGGACAGAGGAAGAAGGCUCUCUCCAAAUCGAAGAUAGAAUAGUGCAACAUCGGUAGUUUUCAAUUAUUUCGGGUGAAACAUAGGAUAUAUACACAUCUCAUAUCCUGGUUUUGAUCCAUAUGUAGGUAUCAGGGAAACAUGCAUUUCUUGGUAAUGUAUCAUUGAGAGGUAACAUGCCAGAGAUAAAUAAACCAAUUAUUUUGUUCUUCGGUAGCAUGGUGCGAAGCAGCUGCCUAGAGUUUACUGUAGUUUCUCAACAUGAAACACAAAUCGUAGUUCAAAACAAUUUGGUAGAAAAGUGACAAGACAUUAGCUAUUAAAAUGCAUGAAACGAGUGUAAAUGCUUACCACUAAAGAGCUCUGCGUUUCAUGAGAA